ACUCUUCUGUGCAUCAACCCGCCCCUUUUCGACGUGCACCAGACGCUGCUGAGCCCUGCCCAGCACCAUGUGGCGCUCAUCGGUACCAAGGGGCUCAUGGUGCUGGAGCUGCCCAAACGCUGGGGCAAGAAUUCCGAGUUUGAAGGUGGGAAAUCCACGGUGAACUGCAGCACCAUUCCUAUUGCGGAGCGCUUCUUCACCAGCUCAACCUCCCUGACCCUAAAGCAUGCAGCCUGGUACCCCUGUGACACCAUGGAGCCCCACAUCGUGCUCCUGACAUCAGAUAACACCAUCAGGUUUUACAGUCUGAAGGUGCCUCACACACCCAUCAAGGUGAUUGUGCUUUCAGACACUGAGGAGGAGACUCUGACCAUCAAAACAGGGAGAGCGUACACAGCAUCCCUGGGUGAGACAGCCGUGGCCUUCGACUUCGGGCCGCAGGUGCCGGUGCCCAAGCACGCCCUGGGCCAGCGCGGCAGCGAGGAGGUGCUGGGCUACCCCCUGUACAUCCUCUAUGAGAAUGGAGAGACCUUCCUCACCUACGUCAGCCUGCUCCAGAGGCCUGCGCCGUGCUGUGCCUGCCCUGCGUGCCCAACAUCCUGGUCAUUGCCACCGAGUCGGGCAUGCUCUACCACUGCGUGGUGCUGGAUGGAGAGGAGGAUGAUGAGCAGUCAGAGAAGUCCUGGGACCCAAGAUCCGAUCUUAUUCCUUCCCUGUACGUGUUUGAAUGUGUUGAGCUGGAACUUGCACUGAAACUGGCAACAGGAGAUGAGGAAGAUCCUUUGGAGUCUGAUUUCUCUUGCCCAAUCAAGCUGCACCGAGAUCCCAAAUGUCCCUCUAGGUACCACUGCACACACGAAGCUGGUGUCCACAGUGUGGGCUUGACAUGGAUCAACAAACUGCACAAAUUCCUUGGUUCAGAUGAGGAAGACAAAGACAGUUUACAGGAGCUGGGAGCAGAACAGAAGUGCUUUGUUGAACAUAUUCUUUGUACAAAACCACUGCCAUGCAGGCAGCCUUCUCCAAUUAGAGGAUUUUGGAUUGUUUCUGAUGUCCUGGGGCCCACCAUGAUUUGCAUCACCAACAGCUAUGAGUGCAUUACAAGGCCUCUCUUUCCCCUCCCCUGCUGUGCACCAGGGAGGACAAGGAGCUGGCCGUGUCCCCGCUGCGCAUCGUGGCCGAGGCUGAGCAUUCCUUCGAGAAGCACAUCCAGGGCAUCCUGCAGCGCAGCUCUGCCAACCCCCUGCACCUCAAAUCUGCAGAUAAAGAUGCUGCUCCUCCCCCUGAAGAAUGCCUUCAGCUCCUCAGCAGAGCCACCCAGGUGUUCAGAGAGGAAUAUAUACUGAAACAGGACCUGGCAAAAGAGGAGAUUCAGCAAAGAGUGAAGCUGCUGUGGGGUCAGAAGAAGAAACAACUGGAGGAUCUGAGUUACUGUCGAGAGGAGAGGAAAAGCUUGCGGGAGAUGGCCGAGCGCUUGGCUGACAAGUAUGAGGAAGCCAAAGAGAAGCAAGAAGACAUCAUGAACAGGAUGAAGAAAGUCCUUCGGAGUUUCCACUCUCAGCUUCCUGUUCUAUCUGACACUGAAAAAGAUAUGAAGAAGGAACUGCAGACGAUCCAUGACCAGCUGCAGCACCUGAGCAAUGCUAUCAGACAGGUGAAAAUGAAGAAGGAAUACCAACAGAAACAGAUGGAGAAGGGGUGCAGCCCCCGCAAGCCCAGCAUCAGCCUCAGUGCCUACCAGAGCAAGUGCAUCCAGGCUGUCCUGAGAGAGGAGGGAGAACACAUCAGGGAGAUGGUGAAACAGAUCAACGACAUCAGGAGCCACGUGAACUUCUGACGUGUCCUGGAGAGGACCCUGCAGCCAGGGGCUGGAUGAGCUUUACCUGGCCCUGGUAUUCCCUUGUAUAUUUACCAUUUGUAUGUUGAACAAUACACCUUUUACAUAUUAUUUUGUAAAGAGCUGUGAAAUAAAAUACUUUUGAUAUGACUCCUCA